GACUCCUGAGGGCUCUGCCUGCCUCAGGCAUCUGUGGCUCUAUGACUCCAGGUGAUGGAGACUCCACCGCUGUGGGUUCAAAGUUUGUGCCUUAUUUCUAGGCCGAAGGACCCUCGCUGUGGCUCCCAGCACUUGGGUCCCCUCGGGCCUCGUUCGGUUAGAGCAGCGUCUGCUCUUGGGAAUCUCUUCCCCACGCGUCACUCGGAGACGCCCCUCGGCCAGGCUGAGGGCCUUGGGUCACCCGCCUCGCUCUUUCCUGACCCUCGCGGGUCUGCCGGAUGGCGUCCCCCUUGGAGCAGGCCCUUGGCAUGCUGGUUGCCAAGGAGGGCGACCGGUACAAGCUGAGGAAGGCGGAGAUGAAGGAGCUGCUGCUCACGGAGAUGCCCAGCUUUGUGGGGGAGCAGGUGGACGAAAGCGGCCUGCAGCAGCUGAUGAGGAACCUGGACGCCGACGGGGACGCGGAGCUGGAUUUCCAGGAGUACGCCGUGUUCCUGGCCCUCGCGGCCGAGCUGUGCGACGAGUUCUUCCGGGAGUGCGCCGACGAGAGGAACCGCAAAGUCUGAGUCCGGCGCGGCCGCGGGGCGCACAAUAAAGGGCUGGAGCCGGA